UCACUCAGACUGAUGCAGUCGUGUGGUGAGCAGCAGGACGGGAGGUGAUGCAGGGCUGAUGUUCCUCACUUUUACCUUAGUGACUCGUGUAUGAGUUUGUGUUUGUGGUUAGAGUUGUUCAGAAUAUGAAAUAGUUUCCUUAUUUCGUUGGGUUAAAAGAGAAAACAAAUGUUAACAUUUUCUUGGAAGCAAACACUGACAUUUCGUAUUAACAUCUUGUGUGUGUGUGUGAUACAGUGGUGCUCAGGUAACACGUCACCUGUAACCUGGAGUAGUGUCGCACCUCCUUCGAACUUUCAAUUCAGAUCCAUCUACAUAUAGAGCCAAACACCUGUCUGGACCCUUCAGUUCAAGAUCAUUAGCCAAGAUUCACCUGAAAGAGCACACAGGUGUGUGGUGGUGGCGGUAUGGUUCAGGACGGUGGACCGGGGAUGGACAAUCCAGCUUUCACUAGCCCAGAGGACGCCCACCAUGAAACUCGGCAGAAGAGUGAAGAAAAUGUUAGCAGCGGUUCUGUGGAGACCAGUCGUCGACAGCUCACGGAGGAGGAGAGGAAGGAAAAGUUCGCCAUCAUGAAGAACAUCAUCAUUAUCUCCGUGGCCUUCACCUUCCUCUUCACCAGCUACAACUCCAUGUCUAACCUCCAGUCCUCCAUCAACAAGGUAGACGGGACGGCCUCGCUGACUGCCCUAUAUGCAGCCUACAUUUUGUCCUGCUGCUUCGUACCGUCGUGGCUGCUGGUGAGGCUGAAGGAGAAGUACACGAUGGCGGCGUCUAUGUUGUGUUACUCGGCUUACAUCGCAGCUCAGUUUUACCCUGAGGCCUACACACUGGUGCCCACGGCUAUCAUCCUGGGUCUUGGGGCAGCCCCGCUCUGGUCCUCAAAAUGUACUUAUUUAACCAAGGUUGGCGCCAGAUACAGCGAACUGGCAGGUGAUAGCAGGGACAUCAUCAUCACAAAGUUCUUUGGCAUCUUCUUCAUGUUCUUCCAGUCGACGCAGGUGUGGGGCAACCUCAUCGCUUCCCUUGUGUUGUCAGUAGGUGUGAAGGAUGUCAACAGGACACAGGAGGUGUCACUGGAGUCUUGCGGGUACAACUUCUGCAUCUCUGGUUCUACUGACAACACCAGCAGCACCGACCCUGGCGAGAGGGAAGGUCCGCCUCUCUGGCAGAUCUACACUAUGGCCUCCAUCUACCUCGCUUGUUCCCUCCUCUCCGGCGUCAUCAUUCUCGUGUUUUUGGAUCCUCUCAGUAGGUUUAAGAACACUGAAGAUGGUGGCAGCAGUGGGAAGAGCAGCCUCCAGCUGCUGGUGGCCACCUUCAACCACCUGCGUCACCCGUACCAGCUGCUCAUCGUCCCCAUCACCAUCUGGUCUGGUCUUGAGCAAGGCUUCCUAACCGCUGACUAUACUGCUGCUUACGUCUCGUGCGGUUUAGGCCUGCACAUGGUGGGGUACAUUCUCGUAUUCUACGGUUUGUGUGAUGCCUUGUGUUCCAUUGGGCUCAGCAGGCUGGUGAAGUUAGUGGGGCGUGUGCCUGUGUUUACCCUGGCUUUCCUCAUCAACCUGGCGCUCAUCAUCGUUCUCAUUUAUUGGCUGCCACACCCGGACGACUUGCUGUGGUUCUUUAUCAUCGCCGGCCUCUGGGGGUCGGCUGACGCCGUCUGGCAGACGCAGAUUAACUCACUGUACGGUGUGAUCUUCCCCGGAGAGUCUGAAGCAGCGUUCAGCAACUACCGUCUAUGGGAGUCGCUCGGGUUCUUAAUCGCCUACGCCUGCAGCACCGUCUUCUGUAUCGAAGCCAAGAUCAACAUCCUCAUCAUCUCCCUCCUUGUGGGCAUCGUCGGUUACUACGUCGUUGAGGCCCUGGAGAAGAUGGGAGGCCUGAAGAAGGACAAGGAAGGCAACGUUAUGACGCUUGAUCGACUCUUUGUUAGAUCUUGACUCUCCCUGUGAUGCUUGAGUGUGGUAGUGAGCGUAUGUUUUGUCUAGCUAUUUUUUCGGGGAUUAGCCCACCCGGGCACAGGUUACUGACCCACAUCUGGGCCUGGGGACGAAAAUGUAAUACUA